AUGAAAACAUUAUUUACUCCAUUGGCUCUGAAAUUACUAGUUUUAAUACUAUCUAUUUUACUCCUCUGGAAUUAUCAUUUUUGUUUAUGGUCAACUGUUUCAUUUAAUAGUAACUGCCGUCUUUCUCUAGCAGAAAGUGACAACUUUAUAUGUGAAUCGAAUGCUCUAUGGAAUGAACGUAAAUAUGUCUAUCAAAAUCAGGACAAAGAGAAUAUGGUUAAACGAACACAUCAUAUCUUUUUUCUUUCGAAUUGGGAACCUAAUUUCCAUUGUUCUCAUGCUAGUCGUAUUGGCAAUAUGGGCGAUGGUGGAAAAUGGGUUUGUGAUCUUUAUCGACUAAAAUCUCGUCGUGAUUGUCUGAUCUACAGUGCAGGAUCUCACGGAACAUUUUCAUUUGAAACUGAAAUAAAAAAAGUCAUGCCUCAUUGUGAAAUCCAUACUUUUGACAAAGAUUUCUAUGAAUGUCCGGAUGGCAUCUGUAUCUUUCAUCAGAUAAUGCUCGGUGAUGGAAUUAAAUCGAAAGGUUCAAAGAGCUGGACAAUGAUUCUUCAAGAAUUGAAUCAUACUAAUCGUCAAAUCGAUAUAUUUAAAAUUGACAUUGAAGGUGGUGAAUAUUUAUUUUUUCCUCAACUUUUCAAGUCAACGAAAAGUUCGUUUCCUCGACAAAUUCUUGUUGAAGUUCAUCCAAGAAAUCCAAAAAUUAUACAUUCAUUCUUCGAGCUGCUUCGCAAAAAUAAUUAUGUUAUCUUCAACAAGGAACCAAAUCUACGAGCAAGCAGUAAAGCUUUUGAAUACGCUUUCUUAAAACUAAAUUCACGUUUUUUUGAUCACAACAACACUAAUCGAUAUUCUUGA